AUGGCUGAUGUUGACGCCCAAGGUGGCUCAUCAAAAGAGUCUCAGCUUCCCACACCUGACAAUACCACACAGAUCAAAAAUGCUGUUGGCUACAGCGAAUAUGUAGCUGGCCUUGACCUCGAAUUCACAGCCUCCGAGGAGCGACGAGCACGAUGGAAGAUCGAUCUUGUGAUUAUCCCAAUCUUUCUCAUCACCCAGGCGGUUCAACAGAUGGACCGGACUGCCCUGAACUACGUCAACCUGUUCGGAUACCAACAGGCGCUGGGGCUGCACGGCAACCAGUUCAACUUCCUCUCAUCGAUGGCCUACGCGGGUUAUUUCUUUGGGCAGUACCCAGCCGGCUGGCUGAUCGGGCGGUUCCCGGCGCAGAGGAUCCUGAGCAUCUCCAUCCUUGCUCUCGGGGUGCUGAUGAUCAUCAUGGCGCAGUGCAUGGAUUACAGCAGUGCGAUGGCGGUACGGUUUUUCACUGGCGUCUUUGUGGGAACGGUCAUCCCCUGCCAAACUCUCAUGACGGGUUUCUGGUUCACACGCCGUGAAAUUCCGCUGAGGCAGUGCAUAUGGUUCUCCGGCCUCGGCUGGGGCGGGAUCGUCGAGUCGUACAUCUCUAUGGGUGUUUCCAAAUUGCCAGAGGGCAUGUCUCCUCCAAAAUGGAAACUGAUAUACUACAUUCUUGGCGGGAUGAGUUUUCUCUGGGGACUAGUCAUCUUUUUCUUCCUCCCGGACAACCCAUCUUCUGCUCCUUUCCUCACACCCAAGGAACGGAUUGUCGCAGUCGCAAGAGUUGCUGGAAACGGAACGGGCAUCAAGAACAAGCACUUCGAUAAGAAACAAGCUUGGCUCGCUUUCUACGACCCCAAAACGAUCCUGUUAUUCGUAUCCAUUGCUGGUGCAGCAAUUCCGAACGCCGUCAUUACUUCAUUUUCGACAGUCAUCAUCAGGGAUAUGGGCUUUAGCACAACUAGGACGACAGCACUGAAGUCAGUUGGGGAUGCCGUUCAAAUUGUCACCCUAUUCAUAGGAGGCGCGGUCACUCUCAACAUUCCAAAUUCUCGGCUGGUGACAGCCGCUGUAGCCGGGGUUAUUUGCACCGUUUGUUCUGCACUGAUGGCAUACCUUCCACGUUCGAACACAUGGGGCCGAUUGGUCUCUUUCUGGCUGGUCAACUUCCAGUCCGUAAGCUACACUAUCAGUUUGACAACGAUAUCCUCCAACAUGGGGGGCUACACGCACAGGGCCGCUGCCAAUGCUGUUAUCUUCACGGCCAACUGUUGGGGUAAUUUUGCUGGGCCAUUCGUAGUAAAUCAGUCUGAGGCGCCAUAUUAUAGGAGCGCAACGAUCGGCCUCUUGGUUGGAUAUUCGAUCAAGCUCGUCUCAUACCUAUUUUCUAUGAAUCGAUAUCGUGAUCGCACGCAGGGGCCGGCAGACAAGCAGAAUAGCGAUGAAGCCGGGAUGCAGGACAAAACCGAGUUCGAGAACCUCAACUUCCGAUAUGUUCUCUGA